AUGGGUUACAGUCUCAAAGACUGUCUACACAGCAUUCAUGAUCGACUCCAGCAUUUUACACAGCCGUUAUUGCAACCACCGGCUAAACAUGCUCACACUCCUCUCAUUCAGGGAACAGUCCCAAAGGAGACUGCAAUAGCUACUCAUGCCGCGUUAUCAGGCUUGUCACCUGAAAAAGAGAAGAGACUCAGAGAACUCUACGAACGUUUGGACAUAAAUAAUGAUGGCACAGUUGAUAUACGAGAUCUAACAGCAGCGCUGAAACAUGAAAUGCCGCAUAUUCCUACACGGCUGGCUCCGAAACUCUUGGCUCGCAUCUCACCUGGGGAAGACGGCAAUAUCAAUUUCGGAGAUUUUGUCAAAUAUGUGGUUGAACAUGAGAAAACACUGGAGGUCAUAUUUCAGGACCUUGAUAAGAAUAAUGACGGGAUCAUUGACGUUCGAGAGAUUAAAACGUUUUGUAAUGAUCUCGGAAUUCCUCUUGAUGAUAGAAAAGCUCGAGAUAUAUUGCAAAAAGUUUUCGGCGUGUGGCUGUUUAGGAUGUCCGAACAAUCAGACUCGUCGUGUGUAGACCUUUCCGAUUUUCAACAAUUUAUGCUUCUUUACCCAAGCUCUGAUGUCAAAGAUAUGGUCGACUUUUGGCGGCACAAUCUCGUGAUAGACAUUGGAGAGGACAGUCAAGUUCCGGAAGAUUUUACUGACCAAGAAAUGAUAUCUGGAGUGUGGUGGCGGCACUUAGUAGCUGGAGGUGUUGCUGGAUGCAUGUCAAGAACAUGUACAGCGCCUCUUGAUAGGCUCAAGGUGUUCAUGCAGGUGCGUUAUCAAAGUGUGAGGAGCACGCACCUCCUCAAUUGA